AUAUUUUUAUUACAGCGGUUUAUUGUGUACUCCAGAAAAAAACUCAAAGAAAGGGAUUUAUUUCCUGAUCCAUUAUAUAUAUACAUGGAUUUCGAAAAGUCUGCUAUGACCGCGGUUAAGAGUAUCAUUGGGGAUCACAUCGUAAUUAGAGGAUGUUUUUACCAUUUGUGUCAAAGUACACAUAGAAAAAUUCAGAAGCUGGGUCUGGAAAGCGAAUAUAGGACGGAUGAAACUCUAAGUUUUUUUUGUGGCAUGAUGGACGGCUUAGCAUUCGUUCCGUUAUGUGAUAUGGAUAAUGCAAUGACAUUCCUUAGAUCAGUUACUCCGAGCAAUGGUAAGGACAUUCUCGAUUAUUUCGAUAAAAAUUAUGUCAAUGGAGUAUCAAGGAAUGUCAUGAGAAGCAAUUCUCAAUCCCAAACACGUCGAAUUGAGCCUCGAUUUCCUCCAGAAACCUGGAACGUGAAUCAGAGUACUCUCUCAGAUGAAGAACGAACAAAUAAUCAAUGCGAAGGUUGGAAUCAUCGUUUUUCUAAUCUGGUUGGUAAUAAACACCCAUCAAUCUGGGUACUCAUUAAAAAAAAUGAAAUGCGAAGUGGCUGCCGACGAAACCAAACUUGAAAGAUGGCGCGUAGGUAGUUGGACAUCUAAAACAAAAUCGCAGAGUUCUAACAACCAGAUUCGGCUAAAGAAACUUUGCGAAGAAUACCGUGAUGGGGUGCGAAGCCUUCCGGAUUUUAUAAGAGCGAUAUCCUUCAAUAUUCGAUGUCAACCAAUAUAAUUAUUAUUAUAAAUUAUAAAAUUAUAUAUACAUAAUCAUGGUUUACCAAUAAAUUAAACAUUUCUUAUUUCUAA